UGCAGACAGAGAGAGUACAUCCUUCGCAACAACGCCUUCGAGCGGAGCAGGCUUCGGUGAUUGGACGAGACGAUAGUGCAUAUUACCCAGCUCCGGCACAAAGAACGGUGCGGCGCUAAUUGGAGAAAAUGGCGCUGUCGUCUGCUGGAGGAACAAAGAAGAAAGUUUGCUAUUAUUAUGAUGGCGACGUGGGUAAUUAUUACUAUGGUCAGGGUCAUCCCAUGAAACCCCACAGGAUCCGUAUGACCCACAACCUCCUGCUCAACUACGGACUGUACAGGAAGAUGGAGAUAUAUAGACCUCACAAGGCCAGUGGAGAGGAGAUGACCAAGUACCACAGUGACGACUACAUCAAGUUCCUUCGUUCUAUCCGGCCAGACAACAUGUCAGAACACAGCAAGCAGAUGCAGAGAUUCAAUGUAGGAGAGGACUGCCCAGUGUUUGACGGCUUGUUUGAAUUCUGUCAGCUCUCAACAGGGGGCUCUGUCGCGGGGGCAGUGAAGCUGAACAAGCAGCAGACGGACAUCGCCAUCAACUGGGCCGGAGGACUCCAUCACGCCAAGAAGUCCGAGGCCUCUGGGUUCUGCUACGUCAACGACAUAGUCCUCGCCAUCCUGGAGCUGCUGAAGUACCACCAGAGGGUGUUGUACAUAGACAUCGACAUUCACCAUGGAGACGGAGUGGAAGAGGCUUUCUUCACCACAGACCGGGUCAUGACUGUCUCCUUCCACAAGUAUGGAGAAUACUUCCCUGGCACUGGAGACCUGAGGGACAUUGGAGCAGGAAAGGGGAAGUACUAUGCUGUAAACUACCCUCUCAGAGACGGCAUCGAUGAUGAGUCUUAUGAAGCCAUCUUCAAACCUGUGAUGGCUAAAGUGAUGGAGAUGUUCCAGCCCAGUGCAGUGGUGUUGCAGUGUGGAGCGGACUCACUCUCAGGAGACCGACUGGGCUGCUUCAACGUCACCAUCAAAGGCCAUGCUAAGUGUGUGGAGUACAUGAAGAGUUUCAACCUGCCUCUGCUGAUGUUGGGAGGAGGAGGUUACACCAUCCGUAACGUGGCCCGCUGCUGGACCUACGAGACCGCCGUGGCUCUGGACUGCAUCAUACCUAACGAGCUGCCAUACAAUGAUUACUUUGAGUACUUUGGCCCUGACUUCAAGCUCCACAUCAGCCCGUCUAACAUGACCAACCAGAACACCAAUGAUUACCUGGAGAAGAUCAAACAGAGGUUGUUUGAGAACCUGCGCAUGCUGCCCCACGCCCCGGGGGUCCAGAUGCAGCCCAUCCCAGAAGACGCUCCACACCCGGACUCUGGCGAUGAAGAGGACGAGGACCCUGACAAACGCAUCUCCAUCAGGGCCCAUGAUAAGAGGAUAGCCUGUGAAGAGGAGUUCUCUGACUCUGAGGAUGAGGGACAGGGAGGAGGAGGAAGGCGCAACGCUGCCAACCACAAGAAGACCAAACGAGUGAAGACUGAGGAGAAGGAGAAGGAGGCAGAGGAGAAGGACGUGAAAGAGGAGAAGGAUCCAGAGGAGAAGAUGGACACAACAGGGCCAAAAGAAGAAACCAAGACGUCUUGAAGUUGAAGCAUCAGAUAUGCAUGACUUUCCAGUUGUGCAAUCGAUAAUGGACAGUAAAUUAUUCUCUAACACUGUUUUUAGUAUUUCCUCAAACAGUCAAAUGUUUUAGCCUGUGUCGGUGUUGAAAUGCAAGUUUUUAUUUUAUUUGUUACUCAUGUCUGCCACCUAUUUUUAAUUUGUUUUACUGUCACGGAGCCUCGACACCACCUGAGAUUCUGAAAGCGUAGGGUCCAUUUUCAAUAGUCUAAAAAGACUGGUCGGGAUUCAGUCCAAGUCGCGCUAUAGUGCGCUGCUCUCUAACAGACCUAAAGGUCGUUUAUGCUUGAGCUGACAUUUUACAGGCGGUUACUGUAAGGCAAAAUUCCUUUUAGCGAAAUGUGCAUUGUCGGCUGUCUAGUGCACUGCUCUGUAACACGCCUUGGAUUGAAUCCCAACCUUAUUUCCUCCCUCUUCACUGACCUGAGGUAACUUGGUAAGCAAAUCCCCCUGAUAAGACUCCUGUCAUAGCGCUUUCACCUAUCCUGAGUUCUUGGAUCGCUCCAGAUGGAGCGUUGAAAAGGAAUCCACUUUCCACUGCUAACAUUCCCCUUUGAACAAGUCGUUCAAGUCACCAGUCCUGUUCUGCUGUUUAUUUUGAAUCAUGGAUCAAUAUAUGUUGUGCUUUCCUCUCUUCCCCCGGGGUUAGUUGCUCUCAGAUGACUGUAUGCUCCAUGCUGGAUCCUUCUUUACUUUUAGAAAUCUAAAAUGAGGUAACAAAUGUUGAAAUGUAUUUUAUUAGGUCAUAGGGCAGAGUACCCCAACUGGCGGGCUGAAUUUGGCCCCCCCAAGUUCAGAGCUAUUUUAUUUUAAAUCAUUGUUGGAGAAGACUGUAAAAACACCAGGUAUUCCCACAACAUACAUGUAAGCAAUGUUUGAAAUGAUUGUUUUUAGUCAUUCUGUUUCGGCUUCUUGCGGUCAUUUUGCAGUCUACAUAAUUGUUAAUGGCCCCCCCGACCAUCCGCUCAAGAAAAUAUCAGCCCGCGGCUGAAUCUAGUUGAUGAUCCCUGUCAUACGGUGUGUUUGGAACGAGCCAGGGUGACAAGUCCAAGAUCAAACUUCCCCUCCCCCUUAUCCUAACCUUAGUCAUGAAGGAAAAUCCAAAACUGACCCCAAGAUCAGCAUGUAGAGGCAACUUCACCCUACACCGUUGGGAACCAGAUCACGUUUUAAGCCCCUGGUAUUUUCUACUGUAAGGUGACGAGAUGGUGUUUGGUUGGGUGUUCCAAUUGUGAAAUGUGCAUAACUUGUUUUUAUAUAGAAAAAUAAAUUCUCGUUGACUUUGAA